AUGUCUCCAUGGCAUUGGCAGCUCUUAUCCUCUUGGAAACUGCACCUCCAAGCUGCACGCCAUGGCUGCCUCCCGUUCUUCACCAUUCUAUUCUUGGGUGGGAAAAACAAAACUAACAAAAAUUUUAUUGAAGAAAGGAAAAUCAGAAAAACAAGCCUAGCUAGCCGGCUAGAUGCCGUCAACUUCAAUAAUAUUCACAUUUCCAUCACUUUCCGGCCAUUAUUCCAUCGUUCUCGGGAGGAGCACCCCCGGCACCGGCGUCUCCGAUUCUAUUUGGCCGUCGACGUUUUCCACCCAGCAGCCAUGGCCAUGGGCGCGCAUCCACCUGUGCGCGCACCAUUCUUCCUCUUCUUCUUUUUCUUCUUUUUUUUUUCUCCGGCCGCCGGCGCCCCUCCUUCCGAUACCGACGCCUUGUUGAAGUUUAAGACCAGCCUCUCCAUCCCCAGCGAUAUGCUGGCCAGCUGGACGCCGAACGGGGCGCCGUGCCACGGCGACUACGCCAACUGGGUCGGCGUCAUCUGCGUCAGCGGCAAGGUCUGGGGCCUGCAGCUGGAGAACAUGAACCUCUCCGGCGACAUAGACAUCGACGCGCUUCUCCCCAUGCCGUACCUCCGGGCGCUCAGCUUCAUGCGGAACAAGCUGGAGGGGCCCAUUCCCCCCUUCAAGAAGCUUGGCUACCUGAAGUCUCUCUUCUUGUCCGACAACCAGUUCUCCGGCGAGAUUCCCGACGACGCAUUCUCCGGCAUGAUGUCGUUGAAGAAGUUGCACUUGUCGAACAAUCAGUUCUCGGGGUCCAUUCCGAGCUCGCUCACGCGGGCGCCGAGGCUUCUGGAGCUGUGGCUAGACGGCAACCAGUUUUCCGGCAAAAUCCCGAACUUUCAGCAGAAAGAUCUCAAUGUUUUCAAUGCGUCCAACAAUCAAUUGGAGGGUCCAAUCCCCUCUCGUCUUAGUAGCUUCAGCCCCACCUCGUUUUUACCCAACAAAGAUCUCUGCGGGAAGCCUCUGGACGUCUCCUGUAGGCCGCCGGGGAGCCGGCCAUCGCUGCUGAAAAUAGCCAUGUUGGUGGUCUGUCUCCUGCUCCUUCUGGUGGCGAUCCUCGCCCUCUUCCUCGUCUUCCGCCUCCAAAGGAAAUCCCAAACGCCGCAGCUCGGCCGCGCCAACUCCGCCUACAACGAUGCCAGCCGGAGCGGCGCCAUCGUGGCGGCGGCAGGCACGAUACAGAAGCCCAGCGGAGGAGAGCGGCAGGCGUCUCUGACUCGGAGGAACUCGAGGAAGGCGGAGCUGGCGGCGAGUGGCAACAGCAGCAACAAGCUGCUGUUCGUGAGGGAGGACAGGCCGAGGUUCGACCUGCAGGACUUGCUGAGGGCGUCGGCGGAGGUGCUGGGCAGCGGCAACUUCGGGUCGUCGUACAAGGCGGCGCUGGUGGACCGGCAGGUGAUGGUGGUGAAGAGGUUCAAGCACAUGAACAACGUCGGGAGGGAGGAGUUUCAUGAGCACAUGCGGCGGCUGGGCCGACUGAGCCACCCCAACUUGCUGCCGCUUGUGGCUUACUAUUACAGGAAAGAGGAAAAGCUCCUGGUUUUUGACUUUGUGCACAAUGGCAGCUUGGCCAGUCACCUUCAUGGAAACCACAAGCCGGGGCUCGACUGGCGGCGGCGGCUGAAAAUAGUGAAAGGAGUGGCGAGCGGGUUGCUCUACCUCCACAGCGAGCUGGCCAGCCUCAUCGUCCCCCACGGCCACCUCAAAUCCUCCAACGUUCUUCUCAACGAAUCCUUCGAUCCCCUCAUGAUGGACUACACUCUGGUUCCCGUCGUCAACCUCGAGCACGCCCAACAGAUCAUGGUGGCCUACCGGUCGCCGGAGUACACCCGGAACGGCCGGACCACCAAGAAGACCGACGUCUGGAGCCUCGGCAUCGUCAUCCUCGAGAUCCUCACCGGCAAGUUUCCGUCCUACUAUCUCGCCCAAGGCACAGCCAAUAUCGGGGCCAACCUGGCGAGCUGGGUCGACUCCAUUGCCAGAGAGCGCCAGAACGCCGCGCAGCUCUUCGACAAGGGGAUGGCACGGCCGUCGAGCAGCGAGGCGGAGAUGAUGAAGCUGUUCGAGAUCGGAAUGGCUUGCUGCGAGGAGGAUGUGGCGAAGAGGUGGGAUCUGAAGCAGGUGGUGGAGAAGAUUGAAGAGGUGAAGGAGAUGAGUUGA